CUGGGUAGUGUAGUCAGUGACAAUUUGGCACCCGGAAGUGUUUCACUACUGGAAAAACGGGAGACUAGUGAGAUUAGUGUCCGGUGAAAAUCAUUUAGAACAAUUAGGUGCAGUAUGAAGGGUAGAGUGAAAAUUACCAGCUCGAACCGGCCGAACAUUCGACCGAGCAAAAGCAGCUGCCCUCCAACGCUCGAUUGGAACCGGAAUCGUAAUGGCUGCCUGGCGGUUCUGUUCUGUGUGGUUUGCUUUUCCAUCCUGAUGUGUCUCGUGCUGGCUGAGAUAUUUACCAAGGUGGAUGAGAAGAAUGUGAAUGGCACUACCCCGGCACCACCACGGCCUGGGAAAGGCUUCCCCCUAUUGGUUGUGGAUGCUUACGAAGAUGCUGUGAAGUGCAAAGUGGUUUCACAAUGUGUUUUCCAAUGCUCCGAUGUGAACGUGAUUAACAUAUCGACGGAGGUUCAAGAGUUGGCUAAGGCCUCCUCUUGUUCUUCAUUCGGUUUGAACGUACAAGCUCUCCGGACAUCCGAUGACGUCCUGAGAAGAAAUUGGCUUCAGCUCGACGUAGACCUCGACGUUGCUUCACUACUGCUGAUUAACUCCAACAUUGCCACCAUCGAACCGGAAUCAUUUGACGUCGGUUCAAUGUUUGCCAUGACCGUGCUCACGCUACAAUCGCUCAAGCUCGAUCAUCUUCCGACCGGGAUUUUUCUGGGCCUUCAAAGCUUAAAAGAGCUGAACCUGCUCAAUCUCCCGCUACGCCGCAUCGACCCGUACGUGCUGAGCCCGAUGAAGUACUCGCUGACGCGGCUAAUCAUCGAAAGCAGCCUGGACUCGAUCGGGCCACAAAAUCUUACCGGAUCCGCAACGCUCCCACGGCUGGAGAUACUUUCACUGGAGUACAACCAUUUCGACGACACGCUUCGGCAGGGCACUUUCGCUAAUCUGCCAUCGCUGACGAGCCUGUACCUGCGCAGUUCACACAUUACGUGGCUCGAUGUGGGAGUUUUCCACGACAUAUGCAGCACAGUGAAGCAGAUCCAUCUGAUUGGCAAUAAGCUGACCGUUAUCGAGCCGGGCGCGUUCGACUGUUUGCGCGGCACGGAGGCAAAGAUAUAUCUGAAAGAUAAUCCGUGGCUGUGUGACUGUUCGCAGCAGUACCUGCAGGAGUUGCUGCUGAACACUAACCUGGUGCUGGAUCAACCCGUGUGCGAGAGUCCGCUCGAGCUGAAGGGGAUGUAUGUACGCAAUGUGGAGCUCUGCCCAUCGCCAACUGUUUCGAUUGUGCCAUCUGGCGAGAUAACGACAACGGUGGAGCCGACGACGACAGAUGCUCCAAGCGAAUCAGUGGAUACUACUUUGCAGGAUACGACAACGACUGCCAUGACGACGACUACACAGUCUACUACGGUAGAGGAAACGACGGAGCUGGAAACGAGUAGUACAGAUGAUGCGACUUCCUCGCUAGACGAGACCACUACGGAACAGCAAACAACCGAGGAUGAUUCAACGACUGCAGAUACAACCGACUAUACCUCGGAUACGCCGUCAGAUACAACAAUCGACACUACGACGGAAUACACCACAGUUUCUACAACAGAUUAUACCACCACAACGGAGACAACUUCAACCGCUACUUCCACGGAUACUACACCAAGCACAUCUUCGGUAACGGAUCCAACAACGACUGAAUCUUCAACGGUAACUACCACAGAGUUAACGACGAUAAGUACCACGCCUGAAGCUACUACAACGGAAAGUACCUCUUGGAGCAGCACAAUUUCCACCACUGACCAAACGACAUCCACCGAAAGUACCACGGCAACCGACACUAGCAGCACACCAACAACGACCCUGCCAAUGUCAACCGCUCCACCCAAUUCUGUACAGCUCCAGUGUGAAAGCACUGCCAAUCCAAUAGCAGCCGAAGUAGUUGCGGAAAAGGUAAAGCAUCGGUUGGUGCGAUCUACCGAGUCCGGUACGAUUGGUCUCAAUGUGGCCACUCGUACGAAGCUCUUCACCAUCUCCGAAGCGCAGGAAGGUGUCGUGGAGCUGCUGUUUGAUAAAACAACGUACGGUGCAGUGCUCUGGUUUCACGACACCUCCACCCUGGCGUCCGUGUUUUCCACCAACGUUGAGAGUGCCGCUCACUGUCAAACGCUCAGCAGCCAGAAGCUUCGUAUCGUGAACCUGAUACCGGACAAGAACUACAUUUUCUGCGCGUUUAGUCUUCACGAGGUGAUGGUGUCACCGUUCAACUGUUUACCUUACAGGCUGCUGCCGAUAUACGGCCAGCGGCCCUGGAUGGUGGAGGAUCAGAAGAUCAUGAUGAUAAGCAUCAUCAUCUCGUCGAUACUGGUGGCCCUGCUGACCGGUGUGCUGGUGACGUACUGCUUCUUCAAAAGUAUGUCCCUGUACCAGUCGAACCGGUUCUCUUUUGUUGUAGAUUCCAAAACCUCGGUCCUGCCGGUCGAGAACAACACCGUGAAAAACACGUACAUGUCACCGAUGCCACCGAAGAAGCCGCUGACGCCGGAAAGGCCAAACAUCAAGCGAAGCGUGUCGGAUACGAGCAUCGAAAGUGGUCGCAGCUACGUGUCCGCCGUUGUGCCCACGACCCAGUUCCAGUACAUAUCCUGGAAGAUGGAGAACCGUUCCCGACCUUCGCUGGAGUUCUACCCGAACGAGCCGCCACCACCACCCCUGCCGCCCCACCCGAGCAAACGUUUGAAGAAGCAAAAGUCUGAGAUCAAAAUAAACUUUCCCGCCCAGCAUCAGCAGGGCAUCUACGACGAACCGGCCGGAACGAGCUACAUGGGACGUAGCGCUGGUACGCUACAUCAGUCACUCCGCAGCAAUCGGCACCGGGCGUCCUAUGGUGGUGUGAUCCACUGAGGGUACAUCGUGACCACUUACCAAAAAUUGCCUGCACAACUCUAUUUGUAUGUGUGUGUGUUACUAAGCACCAUGAAUAAAUAAUUCGAAUACGACAGACAGGUAGUCUGUGGGCCGAUUACUGGGAA